GAUCUUCUUUGUACUGUAUUUUUCUCCUGAGCCAGAGACAACACUAACAGACAGUCAUGACUUCCUUCAGUUCAUCACUCUCUGGUGAGCUGCUCCAGUGCCAUAUAUGUCUGGAGGUGCUCACUGACCCAGUCACCACUUCAUGUGGACACAACUUCUGCAAUGUUUGUAUUGAGGCAUGCUGGGAGACUGGACAGCUCUAUCGUUGCCCUCUCUGUAAGGAAGGAUUUGAUAGUAAGCCAGAAUUGAAAAUAAAUGUAGCAUUUCAAAAGGUUGUUGACCGUUACAAGGUGCAUCAACAGCCAAAGAAACUCCAACACCAAACAAAAACCUUUCCUCAAAUUUUAUGUGAUGUCUGCUCUGAAAACAAGCUAAGGGCAGUAAAGUCUUGUUUGCAGUGUGUAACAUCUUUCUGUGAGACUCACCUGACCAAUCACAAAACUGCACCAAGGCUCGUAAGGCACAAACUGAUCGACCCCGUGGACAACCUGGGAGAUUAUAUCUGCGAGAAACAUGAUAAACCACUGGAGAUGUUCUGCAGAGACGAUCAGACCUGUCUGUGUCUGUUUUGCACUGAAACAGAACAUAAGACUCACAACGCUGUUCCUAUUGAAGAAGAAAGUGGACACAAGAGGAUUCAACUGGAAAAGACACAGGCAGAAAUAAAGGUGAUGAUCCAGGACAGAUGUAAUAAGAUUAAGGAGAUAAAAAACUUAGCAAAGUCCAACAAGAGCACCAAUGAGAGAAAUAAAGCAAAUAAAGUUCAGCUGUUUACUGAUUUGAUCCACUUCAUUGAGAGAUGUCAGUCUGAGCUGCUGGAGGUGAUGGAGCAGAAGCAGACAGCAGCAGAAACACAGGCUGAAGAGAUGAUUAAAGAGCUGGAGCAGGAAAUCACUGAACUAGAGAGGAGAAACACUGAGCUGGAGCAGCUCUCACACACUGAAGAUCACCUGCACCUCCUACAGGAAGACAUGGAGAGCUAG